CAAGUGGAAUUUGUUUCUACCUCUCUCAUGCAUCCAUUUUGUUUUCUUUUUAUUUUAGAUGUGGUGUUAUGAAAUCUGAUGGCAUGCUUAGAAAUGUACAACUCAGAGCACAACAAGGGUGAUCAUCAACAUCAUCAUCAAUGCGCUCCUCCAAUGAGCCCAAGAAUCUCUUUCUCAAAUGAUUUCGUGGAUGUGAAACAAGCCAUGAAGCAAGAACAAAGAGGCUCAUCCAGAUCAGACGCGCCAGUAUCUUCAGAUUUCGAGUUUUCAGUGGCAAACUACUCCAUGAUGAGUGCUGAUGAACUUUUCUUCAAGGGCAGGUUGAUGUCCACGUAUAACAAGGACAAUUGCAACAACAACAACAAAAACAACCACAUGAUGAUGAUGCAGCAGCAGAGGGCCACCACCACCACCACCACCACUCUCAAGGAAGAGCUCCUUAUAAAUGACGAUGAUCAUGAUCAUGAUUUUUCUCUCAGGCCUCCCAAGCCCUCCUCAACGAGGUGGAAGGGACUUUUGGGUCUUAGAAAGACCCACAUUGGCUCUAAGAAGCCUCACAAAAGUACUGAAGGUGGUUCUUCAGAUGCAACAAGGUCUGCAUUGGUCAAUGAUUCACCUCCAACUAGUAUCACUUCUUCUCAGGAGGUGUUGAAUGAAGGAGGCUCAAGUUGCAGAGAUUUGGAGAUUGGCAUAUAAGCUAUGGUUGGUGGUAGUGUUGAGUAUUUGUAGAGGAAUGGACUCUUUUUUUUCUCCUUUCUUUCUUUUUGUUUUUCUUGCCUUGCCGAUGACAAGGUGGAGGGGAAAAAAGGUCAUGCUCUUUUUUGUUUUUCUCUUCUUCAUUGGGGUGGGAUGAGUUAAGUUAAUUUGUGUUAGGAAUUUGCUUGUCAAUGUCGAUUCUUCUUAUCUUCUCUCUUCUAAGUUCUAAUUUCUCUUGAUUCCGUAGAAUGUAGGAUUUGGCUAUAUGUUGUACAAAUUAUUUGCUUUCUUGCAUUUCCGUGUUUGACUCUUGUCGUCAAAAGAAAAAUAUUUAUCGAUUUUGCUAGGCUC